AUAUAUAUUUUUUCAGAUGAGGAAAACAAAAUGUUAAAAUCUGAGGUUCAGAAUCUUAAUGAUAAAAUUCAACAACUGGAAAUUGAACAAAAUGAAUGCGAAUUAACAAUUCAAAAAUUGGACCAACUGAAUGAUGAAUUAGGCCACCAAGAAGAAUCGUGUCAGAUGGAUUUGGAGUCAGAAAGGUUUGACUCCAACGAAAAGGAUGUCACUAUUGACGAUAUGGAAAAAGAAGCUGAGGGCUAAUCGUAAAUUGUUGGAUCAAUGUCAAGAGAAACAAUAUGAAUUUGCAGAAGACAGAAGAGGAGAAGAAAUCAGUCGAAGAGAAGCUAAAUGAAUGUCAAUUAAAUAAUACAAAUUUAGUAAAAUUAAAGGAUGAAAGCUUCAAAGAAUAUCAAAGUAAUCAACAAAUAAUAUUAGAAUCGUGUCAGAAUGAUUUGGAAUCGCAAAGAAAUGAGUCCUCUUAUAAGAAUGUGACUAUUAAGGAACUGAAAGAAGUAUCUGAGUUUAAUUGCAAUCUAUGGACCCAAUGUCAGAACAAUAGCGAAGAAGUCGAAACAGAACUUGAUUCUUAUAAAACAAAGUAUGCGAACAUCAACAAUUUAGUUGAUACAUGUAAUGAGGAAUUGGAAUCGCAAAGAAUUGAGACCACUUAUAAAAAUGCGACUAUUAACGAAUUGAAUAAUGCUUUGGAUGAGUAUAAAAAGAACAAUGCAGAUCUCAACAAUCGGCUGAGUACCAUUAAACAAUGCGCUGAACAAUGCAACGGAAAUAAUUUCUUUAAAAAAACAUGGUGUAAAGCGAAAUGUAAAUGGUAUGUUAGCAGUUCUUACAAUAUCGAUGUUAUCUUAUCUUCUGUUUAAAUUCACAUAUAAAUUCUGAAUACACAUUAAAAAUAUUUGCUAAAUUUGAAUAUA